AUCACUGUGUGCUCGCCCUUUCUUCACGCGGGGGGUUGGAGGCAGGAGGCUGCUGCCCCCGUUUUGGCCUCGGCACAGCAACAGCUCUUCCUGUAGUCGCUUCAACCCGCCCAUCUUGAAGGCUGUUUUAAAGAGUCAUGUGUUUACUUGUUCUUCAGCUUUAUGGCUGAGCUGUGGCGUUCAGGUAGUUGACCUCUGGAGCUUUGAAAGCUUGAUGAAGCCUUCUUACAGCCCUCUUCGACCAGUUCUUGCCGCAUGCUCCCAAGACUGGUUUAUGUAGAGGUGUCACAAUAUUACCUCAGCCCUAGGGGAAGAGUACGGGAGGAGGUGGGAGCUAAGGCGAGAGGAUUUGAAGAUGUCUAAAAAGAAACUGAAGAAAUUGAUGGGAAAGGAAGACAAUUUGGAUGGCCGACAUGACAAAAGCUCUGAAGACACAAGGUCUUAUAGCCAUACUAUGAAAGGAGAGACAGAAUUUCAGAGAUUCAAAACAGAGAAUGAUGGGCAGCAGAAGAAGCAAGACCAAAGUCCUAAAAUUUCUUAUGGUGCUGAUGGAAGAUCCCGAGGGAAAUCUCCAAACAGAAGCAAAAGCACGGACAAUUCUUUAAUCCAAACUGAAAAGAGGAAGAAAAUAGUUAUUCCAUUUAAAGCCAAAGAAAUUAAACAUGGGAAAAGUACACGCGCUGCCGACAUAGUGACUACGAGCAGGGACAGUUACAACAAUAGUCGUUUUGAUGGAACAGAAGGAAAAAGACUCUGGCAUAGCUUUGCAGUUCAGAGAGACAAAACAUUGAAGAAGAAGGCAGAGAAAGCUGAACUCUGCAAACUAAAGUUAAAAGCAGAACAAACAAUGUUGGAAAAAUUCAAGUUGCCUGUGUACGAUUCCCAUGUGCCACACAAAAAGGCAGAGGGAUCAAAAAAACAGAGUGAAGGUUUCAGAAUUCCAAAAAAGUCACCUGCUAGCUCUGCAGGGGCUGUGUGUGACGAUAGGCCUGUCUCUAAGAAGCUGAGAACAUUAUCUAGGACUUGGGAAGAAGAGCAUGAAGAAGGCUAUAAGGAGCUUUCUAAGAAAAAAUGCCGUGUGACUAAACCUACACCAGCACACUCUCCAACUGAAUCGCGCCAACGAUGGGAAUCUUGUAAAUGGAAAAAACAGCAUGCUGAUUCCAGUAAAGCUGCUGGUAAUUCAGGGACUGAAGAGAGGGCCUUUGGAGCCACAGCAUUACGUUUUAAGCAGAAUUUUGAGGUCCCAUGCACAUCUAAGCCCUACCAAGAAGCUGAGGAUGUAAAGUCUGUCCAAAAGAGCUUUGAAGUCUCUCCACCCCUUCAAGAUAAUCAAAACCCAGAAGCAGACCAAGAGAUGCAAAUAGUUGAGGAUUUACAUGUUGCUCGUGUUCAGAAGAGGAUGGCACUGUCUGUAGUACAGACUUGUGGAGAGCUUACAAGUAUGGAAAUAGAUCUUCCAGAACAGGAUCUAAAUAUUUCUUCUGAGGCUUUUACUUCUGGUCUGAACAUAUUAGUGGUGAUUGACACAAACAUAAUGAUCAGUCACCUUGAGUUUGUCAGAUCCUUGAAAUCUGAGGAUGUACCAGGCAUUGGCAGACUUGCCUUAAUAAUUCCCUGGGUUGUUCUACAAGAGCUGGACAACUUGAAGAAGGGGAAAGUGUUGCAGCAUGUUCGGGACAAAGCUAUCCCUGCAGUCCAAUUCAUCUACACUUGUCUCAAAAACCAGGAUUCCAGAUUGUGGGGACAAUCCAUGCAGCUUGCUUCUCAAAAAAUAUAUGGCCUGAGUGACGAGAACAAUGAUGAUCGUGUUUUACAGUGUUGUCUGCAGUAUCAAAACCUCUUUCCUCAAGCUGUUGUCAUACUCUGCACGGAUGAUAAAAACUUAUGUAGUAAAGCAAUUGUGAGUGAGGUCAAGGCAUUCUGCAAGGCUGAUUUGGUUACUGCUCUACAGAAUCUGAAUGUAAACAGGCACCAAAAGUGUGUUGAGCUGCAACAGUCAAAGUGUGAUACAGAAUUUGAGAAAACAGAAGAUGGUGCUAGUCUCGCUCCACAAUUCCCAAAUUCACUUCCAGACCUUGAGAAGAACUUGGGAGAAGCUUUAUCUUGUAUUUUGGAGACAGAAAUGAAAAUUGCAUUUGGAAACCUAUGGGUGGAGAUCCUGUAUCUGAAACCACCAUGGACGUUGGCAAACUUGUUGAAGUGUUAUAAAAAACACUGGAUGGCUGUUUUUGGUUAUGUUGUGCCAAGGAGUUUACUUUCAUCCAUUGAAUGUCUCUAUAAGCAUCUUUGUACAGAUAAACCAGUUGACUUCUCAACAAUGCGUGUUGUGCUCCAGGAAGCCAAAAAACUGUUCCAUGCUUUCAGUUCAAGGUCAGACUAUAAUGGUGUGCUUCCCCGGGCUUACGCUGAAGUGAAUAAGCUAUACCAAACACUGACAGAGGUGAGGUCAGACAGUGAGCAGGAUUUAUCAGAAGACAUCAUGGUUCUUUCAGAAAAUGCUGCAUGUGAAAAAAUGGAAGCAAUGACACCAAAUCUGCAGAACUCUGAAGAAAAAAAGUUACUUCCAGACUUCCACGUAGCUCAGGAAAACAGACACCAGGAAAUCUGGUCAGUCCUUGAAGGUGUAUGGAAUACCAUAAACUUGUACAGUAUUGAAAUUUUCCAAAAGUUGGACCCUAACACAGUAGCUGUGACUGCAAAGUCUUCAUUUGAAGAAGCUUUUUUAGGUCUGCAGAAACUGAUGGCAGCUGUAAACGAUAUCCAUGAAGGAAUUAGUAGAGUUUUGACCCCAACCAGCAGUUUCCAAGAUAUCUGGACCCUCUAUAACUUCCUCAUAAGCAACGAGAUAAACACCAGCAUCAAAUUCACUGCUGAGGAGCUUUAUGAGUGUGUUUCACAAGAGCUCUAUCGGGAAAGGCUGGAAGUUGGCUGCUGCCAGCUGGCCCAGCUGGAGCACACCAUUAAGCAGUGUCACGCCUCGGUCCACACAGAAGCCAAGAACAGGGGCUGGCUGUGACACAUGCGCUGAUGUUUGGAGCUCACCCCUGGCCUUGGUUUUGUGUCCAGCCCAGGUCUUAACUCCUCAGGGGCCAUGUGAGGGAAACAUUUGAGGAGACAAUAUCUGCCACCAUUUUUCCUGAUGGUGCUGUUUUAUGUUUGAGUUGAAGGAAAAAAUCCCAACUAGUGACAUUAAAUGUCAGAUGUCCUGGGAAGGGGAGGAAGCUAACAGGAGUUCCUGCCUGGAGCGAGGGCCUCUGGGUUGGGGAGCAGCAGGGGCUGCUGCACCCAAUUCCAGCCCUUCUUGCAGCAGCCACACCUGUUGCUGGUUGCAAAGAAAAGCCCAGGCAAGGCACUGGUUUUGCUGGUACCUGAGAUGUGCCAGGUGAAAAAAACCAGACUGUGCUGUGACAGCUGGGGCUGGGAAAGGGCUGGAAGCAACGCAGUGGAAGCCAGAGGCUGAUGCCUGCCCUUCUUGCUACCCCUACGGGCAGGAUGGACUAAACUGCAGAGGCAGUGUAUGGAUCCCAUGCAGUGAAGGCUAGAGAGUAUGGAGAAGGGAGAAGGAAAUGAUUGACAAAACAAUGUGUCUGCCCUCAUGCAGGUGUUUCUCCUGGACUGCUUUUCAGAGGCAAGGGAUUUUCUUCCUUUAUUAAAAUAUCUGUUAUCUUCCCCCAGCAGAACCUGCAGCACUCAGAAAACUCCUCAUUCUCCCCUUCUGCCACCUCACUUGAAGGCUGGAGCAACUUUUCCUGCCCUCUGUAGGUGACACUGUAACUCACCUCAUCUCUGCUCUUCUGGCAACAUCUCGAGUUGAACCUCCUCUUUGUUGCUUUCCAAAACUGUGUUUCUAAAGCCAUUUUCCCUGCUGCUGUGGCCUUUAAAACAACCUCUCCUGGCUCUUUGUACAGAGCUGCAUGGACUGGCAAAGUUUUACAAGUGUUUAUUUUGAUACCAACUUUUGGAUGUAUUUGUAAAAACUUUGUAUUUUUACAAUAAUUUAUUGUUACAGAAAAGUAAUUCUUGGUGGCAGGCUCUUUGAAUUGCUGCUUCCCCUUUGCCCAAGUCCUGUGGCUGCAAGUUUAAUGCAGUCCUUGCCCCAGCACUUCAAAGGCAGUUACUGCUGGAGCACAAUUCUGUUUAAGGGGUUGUUGUUGAUGUUGGUACCUGCCCAUGGUGGGGUGGAUGGAGGUUAUGCUCAAGCUACACUGGCACUGAACUGGGGCAGUGGGAGCGACUUAAGCAGAUGGUGCCUUUUUACUUUUGCGACAGGUGAAGGGAGAGAGCUGGCAGAGAUCAACAGCCCCUUGGGCACUGACUCUCUGGGGAAGGGGAGGCAGCGUUACAGUUUGGAUGAAGCUAUCUGGCCCUGUGGUGGUUUCCUGUCUGGUGCAAGCAUGGAGGCAGGGCAGGAGGGGAACCUGGCAUGAAGUGGCAGAGCCUGGGCUGAGGGCUGGAGCCUGUUCAGACCUGUAUCAAAGCAGUAACCCAGGAUGUGAAGGUGACUUAAUUUAAGCUACUUAACACUGCAUGAGCAGAUCAAGUUCCCUUCAAUGGUAUUGGGUGUUUGUUUCAACCAGAGGUCAGCCAUUUUCCUCCCUUUACCCCCUUCUCCUGUCACCUCUGCAGCACCACACAUGCACAGGUUUCAGUACACCCAGCACCCCAGGGCCCACCAGUGGGUCCCUGGCUGGAGGAACUUGGGGCUGCAACCUCCCCCCACCUCCCCACCCCAGGGGAGGGUAACACAUGCCCCAGCCCCUCUCUUCUGACAGCACUCCACCCCCUACCCUGUUAGCUGCGUAGCUACCUCCAUGUGAAAAGUCUGGUGACAUAUCACAGACUUGUGUUUGUAAAUCAUCUUGUUAAAGAAAAGGACACAGCACAGCAAUGCCCUGGUGCAAGGAUUUCCCAAAAGGUACCUUUAAUGUGUUUGCAUCAGCAGCAAGCAGGCAGUGCUGGGUUUGGCACAGGAGUUACAUGUGCAGCACUACACAUUAGACACCAAGUCAUCCUAACCCACGCUUUAUCCAUACAAAUAGAGGAAGUGAACUCAAACAUAGGACUAUGAGCACAUACAAGAUCAAGUUAUUUGUGUUCUAUCACACUUUGAGCUUGCAAGAUUAGAAAAAUAAAGACAGUUACUAAUCAGAUGAGUACAAUUUUGUUACCAACUGGCAAAGAGUUUAAAAACCAUGAGAAAAGCCCCGCGCUGGUUUUUGUUUUACAAAGGUUAGCUCAGCCCCAGUAACAAAACCACUGCCCAGAAAGCACCCUCUGUGUUUUUGUCAAGAGUCGGAGCCCAAAGCCAUCCUUGUGUCAUCCCCCACUCCCACAGUCACAGCCAUGUUGUGUCCAGAAGCUGCACGGUGCUGGGCGGGCUGGGCUGCAGCCAGAGGCACCCCUGGCUGCAGCUCAGGGCCCUGCUCAACGGCUUCUCCUCUGUCUCCCAACUCCAAGGUCGGCUCUUGGCUUCAUUAACCAGUUACCUGCUGUUUUAAUUUCAACAGAUAAAAUACUCUGCUGAGUAUAUAAAAACUGUUAUAAAAAGGCAAUCAUAAAAGAUAAGGUAUUGGCAGGCAUGUCAGCUUCUUUAAUAAAAAAAAUAGCCAUUAUAUCUAUUUAAAUAAGGCUUCUUGUUACAGAUUGUUCCAGUUACUGAAGGAAAACAAGGCCUGAUGAAAAAACAAAGAGAAAACCAUGAUCCCCCAUCACCAUUACACUUCCUGCCCCAAGGAUACAUCUCACAGGAAAAGUCACCUUGUGUGCAAAGUAACAAAACAGACACUGGGGGAAGCUCCUGAAAUGAUAUGCCCAGUCUAGUUUCUCUUGCAUUAUCUGCAAAAACCCAAAAACACCCCAAAAACCAAAGUUCUAAAAUACACAAAACCCCUUUCAUCUUGGUAUUCUUUCCAAAACAAAUAUGUACAGCACAUUAAUAUGCAAUAUGCAAAAGCUCUGUGUUGCUGUUGGCAACGUCUAUGCCCUCCCCAACCCUAUUCACACAUGUACUCUACUAAAACACAAUUACAUCACUAAGCCUGUUAGUUUGAAAAGAGAAUUUACUUAAAACUUGUAAAUUUUGGUGUAGGGGCUCCACUCGUUGGACUCGGGGUUGUAGACCUCCACCGUGUUCAAGAACUCAUUGCCAUCAAAGCCCCCAACGGCGUAAAUGGUGUUGGCCACCGUCGUGAUGCCAGCGUUGCUCCUGGGGGUGGUCAUGCUGCCCAUCAUCUUCCACUCGUUCCUGGCAGGGUCGUACAUCUCCACGCAGCUCACGGCGUGGGAGCCGUCGAAGCCUCCUCCCACAAAGAGUUUUCCUAUGGAAAGGAGAAAAGGGAACGCUGUUUGUUUUUCUGGUCAGCUUUUUAUUAAACGGGAGGCACAGCCAGGUUCUUACUGUAUUCUCUCCUCCCUA